UCGUCGUCGUCAGAGUGUGAUGGCACACGAGUAGCGCGAGUGAAGCUCGGGCAGUUCUCACAGAUCCACACCUCAUCGGCCGGCGUCAGAUGACCUUGCCGUGUCCUUGGAUUGACAUCGACAAGACACUCGCGGAGACACCACACAAGAGAUUGGCUUGUGGGCAAAGAGCAAGACUUGUUACUCACAAAAAAGAGCCAAGAGAUUGUUUUUUUGGAACCCGGAGUGCAUCGCGUGUGAGUGAAUUCCGCAGGCGCCUGAAAAAAAAGUCCGGACUGUGUGUGCCCCAGCAGUUCCCAAGUAAAAGUGUGCCCCCAUUUGCGGAUGCAGUGACAAAGAAUUUUUUCCCGGAGGGUGUAAAAGUGAUAACGCAUUCACGGAAAAUUCCUGCAGCUCCGGAACGGGGCAAAAGUGAUGCAAACGUGAUCCAGGCCGAAGAAUUCAAUCAAUGAGUGCACCUGAAGAGCAACGGGAGAACAUUGAUAAACCCUGCGGAUUGCUCUCCCUCAUUCCACUCGGGAUGUCCUGCCGUGGGCGUGCUGAAGCCUUUGCGCGGCGUCUCCAGUCUCGGCUACGAACGUUGGGAGUUAAUGGCCAUGAAGAUCGCGAGGAUCUCGAUGAAGCAACAAAUCACACAAAUAGCUCCUGGAAUGGUGGUCAGAGUACCCAGGAGGUACUCACAAAUCUCUCUGAUGUCCUCGGAGAUUCCUUUGACACCACCACGGAGCUCGCAAUGGAACCCGAAAGCCCCGGAAGCCCUGCAGAGGAAUGUGAAUACACACGACUAAUUGAAACAGCCUCAGCCACACCACAUGAUGGUGCUGUGGAAUCGGGAUUUGUCUGUGCCAGCCCCAUGUCUCCGGGUGGCAGUGUGAGCAGCUUCAGUUCAUCCGAUGGGACAUUCUUUGAUCCUGACAGUGAUUACUUCGACUGCACGGAUUCCUCACAAAUGGAAACCACACCACCCGUUCUCAAUGGCCACGAGACAGAUAGCCUAUCGGAUUCUCUGCCUCCAUCGCAGACUGACUCCAAUUCCACACUAACUGAAUGCCCAACGUCAACAUCCAAUAGCACACUCCAGGAAGUGCUGGAAAUGCCACCUCUCACGGCUGAUGAGCCCCCCGAUGAGUCACAACCAGACGAGGAUAUUUCCCACACCGAGGAAUCCUCGACAAAUGGCACGCAAUUCCCAAAAGCCGACAGCCCGGAUGAGCGUCCACAGCGUAUUCAGCGCAGUUCAUCACUGAAAUCCGGAAAGACCCCACCCGGAACGCCGGGAAUGAAGAAAUUCGUGCGAUUUGCGGAUGUUCUGGGGCUAGAUUUGGCUGAUGUGCGUACCUUCCUCGAUGAUGUCCCACGGAUACCAACGUCAGCUUUUGAUGACCUGGACGUGGGUACGUGUGCCGAGGAGGUUACCCUCACACUCGGCCCACGCAUCGACAAAGUCCUCGUGCCACUCUUCCAGCAACCGAGUAGCCUCCCAAAGUUCCUCGAUUUGGUGCGUGAGCACAAUGUCUUCCUGGAGAAUGCCGCCGUAACGGAUGCCUCAACGCUCACCAUUACCGGGUGUGUACGAGUCCGAAACUUGGACUUUCACAAAUCCGUCCAUGUGCGCUACAGCACAGACUCCUGGCGUAGCUAUGCAGACCUCCAGGCAACGUACGUGGAUAAUUCCUGCGAUGGCUUCUCCGACAAAUUCACCUUUAUCCUCUUCGGGAAUGCCCUGCAAGUUGGCCAACGAAUGGAAUUGGCCAUACGCUUCCAGUGUCACGGACAGCAAUUCUGGGAUAAUAACUACGGCUCCAACUAUUGCUUCCAAUGCCUCCCAGCUACGACACUCACAACGCGAACGGCACCAAAACGACCCGAACCGCAACAGGAUGAAUCAUGGGAUGUGUCUUUCUACUGACGCACAACGAAUAGAUCGAGAAGUCGUCGCUCCCCAUUAGAUGCCUUGCUGUAAGUUGGGGGCGCUUUAUCCACGAAAGAGAGAGAGAGAGCAAAGGUCAUUUGUCUGGGUAUUUCUGGUCAUUUUACUACAACAUUCUUUUGGUGAUAUUUUGCGAGAAAGAAAUGAAAUUUAAAUCUCUUUGAUUUCUUCUGACAAAUCUGUAUAGUUUUAUAUGAGAAAAAAUGUGAUAUAAGCUGUCUGAUGUACUGCUGAUUGCGAUGAAAAAAAAAUGAAAAUAGGGAAAUUUUAUCAUUUAAUUGAAGAUCAAAACGGUUGGAUUUUAAUGAAAACUUUCCAAAAGAAUUAAGUAAAAUGAACUUUAUUUAGUUUAAAUAUCCUUAUAAAAUCCUUUUUUGCAUACUUUUAGGCUCUCUUAUUACACAUUGAUAACAUUUCUUUUGUCUUUUUUAUUAAAAUUUGAAAAAUUGAAUGAAGAAUGCACUGAAAAGUUUCCAAACAUCGAAUAUUAAUUCUAAUUUCAGAAGCAUUUUCAUUAUUUUGCAAAUUAUUGAAGAGAUAAUUGGCUUCAAGUGCAACCAAAGUGCGCCUAAGUAUAUGCAAUCCUCAUGUCCCAAUUUAUAAGCCAGACAAAUGACCCUUUUGAUCAACAAAAUAUCUUACAUAAAGCCCUCAACUUCCGCGGGAACUGCCCUCGGGGGCGCCUUCUUGAGGCAAUUUGCCAAAAAAAAAACAAUACAAAUACACAAUACAAUAAGAAACAAACGUGUGGCCAAAACAAAAAUGAGGAACAAAAUAGGGAAGAAAAUGACUCGAGAGAUUCACGACGGAUCUCAACAUACCGACGGAAUCUCCCCGCAGGAAAAAAAAAUUCUGUAGCGUGCCAGGAGGGCACAAUGCCUCGAAAAUAAAUGUUGUGGAUGUGCCAGUGAGGAUAAGUCCACGUGCGGAAGCUCCCACAUCGUGUGGCUGUUUGUGAGCUUUUGUGCAACAAUAACAAAUAACAAAAAAAAUGUGAUAAAAUUUCGACUGAAGGGAUCAGCAAUGAUUGUGUGUGUCCUUAAAUCACUCGACUGUGGGAGCUUCCGGAAGAGACAUUCCACUGGCACAUCCAAGGCGUGCAAGGGAAGAGAGUUUAACACAAUAGAGUGUGUUUCGACUGUAAGAUAUAAUGAGAAGAAGAAAAAAUCACCUGAAGAAUCAAAAUAUCAGUAGCUGAAAUGUUUUUUUUUUCUCUCACUGUUUUCUAAGAAAAUACAAAAGAUUUUUUGAUGAAAAAAAAUUGUUGGCAGAUCUGUUUUUUUGUGGAGAGAGGAAAUAAAGUGUAAAGUAGAUGAUGUUA